CAUCCAAAAGAAAUAUUUUGCAUGAAUUUCAAUUCCCUGAGGCUUCAAGGAACAGAGAGAAGAUUGAUAUUGAUGGUUUCAAGCUGAUUGAGGCUGCAAAAGAUGCGCAUUGGCAAAGGGAACGAGAAAAAAGGCCGGAUGGUUUCCAGUCCAAGUAUGAUCUGCGCAAGAGUUUGGCUUGGGACAGUGCCUUUUUCACAAAUCCGGGAAAUUUUGUUUACGUUCUCAGGAGUUUUGGAUCCUGAAGAGUUGUUUGAGGCUUUGAAUAUUCACGAUGGAGACAAUGGACUCAAGGAAGCAAGUGCUUUACCUUCUGACUCCUUGGCAGCAAGUAGAAUUGAAAGGCUGGAUACUACUUCAAUGAAGAUUAAACCAUUGCCAGCUCCGAGAAGGCCAAAAAUUAGCGCACAUAGAGUAGGGAAGACAGCGAAAGAAGCCAUCAAUCCUCCACAAGCACAGCAUGCUACUCGAAGUCGAGAACCCGAUUCAACAUCUUCCCUUAAGCUGUUGAAGGCAUUUAGCCAGGCCAACCCUCUCUCAUCUGCUGCAACCAAAAGGGCUUCAUUGGCUGCAAACCACAUGAAAGUGAACAAUAAAAUCAGAAAAGAUAUAUCUGGACAAAAUAUGUCAAAGAAACCUUGCGUUGGUGACUCUGGUACACCAUCUCCAGAACCAACUUCUUCACGUUUUCACAUUGCCUCCAGAGAUCUGUCAGGAUCUGUUUGUGUCAGAUUGCUUCAAAUGAUAAAUCGCCAAAAUCUCUGAGAAGAAACAUUGAUCUUGCUGCUACUGAUUCAAAUGUUAGGACUCCUUCAAUAUCUUUAAGCAGUCACAAAAGCAAACAGAUAGAUUCUUCUCAGCAUACUGAUUUACAAUCCACACCGAAGCCCUCGAGCACAUCACUUUCUAAUUCCAUUUAUUGCUGGUCUUCUGAGUCCUCAGCUUCUGUGAAUCAUAUAUGUAAUAACUUCACAGAAAGCCUGGGCAUUGCCUUCAACAGAGGGGUUCCUGUCAACAAUGGUGCUUCUCAAGGCUCGGACACCGAGAACUGUUCUAGUGAUCAACCUUUUGAUGGAAGUGGAAGCAAAGAAACAAGGUUUCCAUGUCAAGAUGUUGACAGAUUCUCAAAGUGAAGUUGUCCUCUACCACCGACUGUUUCAAGAGAAACAAAACCUUCUGGCCUUCGACUAACGUCGCCAAAGAUUGGAUUUUUUUGAUGUGGUUGGUUUCUUUAUUUAUUUGCUUGCUUUAUUGCGCUGACUAGUGAGUAUCUUUGAGUUUUACAUCACAUUCUUCCUGUUGAAUAUACAUAUAUAUAUAUAUAUAUAUUAU